GCCGGUGCCCCCGCCCCGGGAAGCCUCCCCCGGGCCGCCGCCGCCGCUCCACCACCCCGUUUUCAAGCGAAACCGCUGAUGGCGCCGUUCCGCUCCUCUCGACGACCCGGAAGCGCCGAGGCGCGGUCCGCCCCCUGACCCGGAAGCUCCUCCCCGCUGUCUUUCCGGUGAGGAGGCCGCCGCCGCCGGAGCCGGGCUAGGGCCGCCGCUGGGGGGGAGCCCGAGCCGGGCCUGGAAGGAGGAGAAAUGCAAGAGGAGGGAGAGUGAGAGGGGAGGGUACGUUGACAUCUGUCUGAUACUAGACUGGUGAAUAGGAAGAAGGUCCCAUCUCUGGCCUGUUUGUGGAAGCUGGGAUGAUGAAGGCCCUGCAGUGGGAGCGUGCUGUGGUGCAGGGUUGAAGCUCCAGCCCAUGUCUGGUAGUUAUAGAGCAAUUGGAAGGGUUACGUGCAGAGUUCUGGUAAACUAGGAUGGAAGAAUCUCAUUUCAACUCCUCCCCAUACUUCUGGCCAGCAGUGCCCACCGUCUCGGGACAGAUCGAGAACACCAUGUUCAUUAACAAGAUGAAGGAGCAGCUAUUGCCCACAGAGAAGGGCUGCAGCCUGGCUCCCCCCCACUACCCUGCCUUGCUGACAGUCCCCACCUCUGUGGCCCUGCCCACUGGUAUCUCCAUGGACUCGGACACCAAGCCAGAGCAGCUGACACCACACAGCCAAGCCCCUGUGACUCAGAACAUCACCGUGGUACCAGUGCAGUCUGCUGGGCUCAUGACAGCAGGUCCUGGUCUGGUGAUAACUUCCCCAUCAGGUUCUCUGGUGACCACAGCCGCCUCUGCCCAAACCUUUCCCAUCUCAGCUCCCAUGAUUGUCUCUGCGCUACCCCCUGGCUCCCAGGCAGCCCUGCAGGUGGUUCCAGACCUGUCCAAGAAAGGGACAACCACCCUCACUGAAGGUGGUGGGGGCAGUGGAGUUGCCCCCAAACCACCCCGGGGCCGGAAGAAGAAACGAUUGCAGGAGUCGGGUCUACCAGAGAUGAGCGACCCCUUUGUGCUGACAAACGAGGAUGAUGAGGAUCAGCACAAGGAUGGCAAGACAUACAGGUGCCGGAUGUGUUCGCUGACCUUCUACUCCAAGUCGGAGAUGCAGAUCCACUCCAAGUCCCAUACGGAGACAAAGCCACACAAGUGUCCUCACUGCUCCAAGAGCUUCGCCAACAGCUCCUACCUGGCCCAGCACAUUCGUAUCCACUCAGGGGCCAAGCCCUACACGUGCAGCUACUGCCAGAAGGCCUUCCGCCAGCUCUCCCACCUGCAGCAGCACACACGGAUCCACUCCAAGCUCCACACGGCGAUUGUCAAGCCGCACAAGUGUCCUCACUGCUCCAAGAGCUUCGCCAACACAUCCUACCUGGCCCAGCACCUCCGCAUCCACUCGGGGGCCAAGCCCUACACCUGCCGCUACUGCCAGAAGGCCUUCCGCCAGCUCUCCCACCUGCAGCAGCACACACGUAUCCACACCGGGGACCGACCCUACAAAUGUGCUCACCCUGGGUGUGAAAAGGCUUUCACCCAGCUUUCCAACUUGCAGUCCCACAGACGGCAGCACAACAAAGACAAACCUUUCAAGUGCCACAACUGCCACCGUGCGUACACGGAUGCUGCCUCGUUAGAGGUACACCUGGCUACACACACGGUGAAACACGCCAAGGUCUACACCUGCUCCAUCUGCAGCCGGGCCUACACCUCGGAGACGUACCUGAUGAAGCACAUGCGGAAACACAACAUCCCUGACCCACAGCAGCAGGUGGUUCAGGCACAAGCCCAGGCCUCGCAGCAGCAGCAGCACUUCCAGCCGCAGGGUGGGGGGGCAGCAGGGGGCCCUUCUGGAGACACUAACCAACCCAACCCUCCCCCCCAGUGCUCCUUUGACCUGACUCCUUACAAGACUUCAGAGCAUCACAAGGACAUCUGCCUCACUGUCAGCACCAGCGCCAUCCAAGUGGAGCACCUCUCCAGCUCCUAGGGAGACCUCAACCCAGGGAGCAGAACGCCUCUUGCGCAUAGCCUGUGCCAGGGGCACCGCUUGUGCAGCGGCCCUCCUCGUGCAACAGUUUCCGGCCUCUCCUCCUGCAACAGCCUCUUCUGGCUGUGUAACCCUGUUCAUGGCAGCCCCUUGAACAACAGCCUGUCUCAAGGGGGUGCUCCUUCUGUGCAACAGCCUGCCUGGUAGGAGGAUGCUUCCUUGUGCAAGAGCCCCUUUCCUGUGCUGGGAUCACUUCCUCAUGCAAGAGCCCCUCCUUUGAAACCCAAAGAAAGGCCCCUGUAUUGCCUUCUCUCUCACUGUAGGAUGUGUACGAAGCAGGGUUGUGUGUUGAGACGCGUAUGGUGGAUGGGAUGGAGAGAUGACCCUUGUAUAUACAGGGGCUUGGACGCAUGUUUUUAGCAGGCCACAAAAGAAUGUGGCAGAGUUGACAGCUGGAUGGGGUUCUUUGAGGAUUGCCUUGAGUGUCUAAGAGAGAAAUAUCCAUUCCUGUCCCUCCUGCUUGUGAAAGGGAGGAGGGGUCACUUGUCCUGCCCCAAGGACUAGAUGGGAGAAACCUCCCCAAUGGAAGGUGAGACCAGUGGAGGGAGGAGAAGUGGGAUGGACAGGUACCUGUCCAUACUACACUGCCUAAGGGCCGUGGAGUAUUGCAUUCUUUCUCCUCCCCUGGUGGAGAGCAAUAGAGAGGAGUCUGUCUGAACUGACUGCUGUCUCUCUCAGCUGUCUGAGCAGCAUGAUGGCCCCAUAGGAAUGUGGGCUCCUGUUCCUUGCUCUUCCUGCCGGUUGUGGAUGAUACCAUAGCAGCUUGUACUCCUCCUCCUCUCCCUCCUGCUUUUCCCCCCACCUCCUCAGAAAAGACUGCAGGCAUCAACAACAAACCAAAAAGAACUGGAGGGAGGGUAAGAGACUGCCAAAAUAAUCAUCACCCUUCUCUCUACUCCCUUUCCUGAAAGGUGAAAUGACAGCAAUUCUGACACUCACAUACCUGUCCUGCCCCCAGUUUCCCAAAGGGAAGAGGAGGAGGAAGAGGAGGAAUAGACCAGUGUUUUCAAGGAGCUGGCAGGAGGCAGGGAAAGGCUAGCUUCUCCUGCUCAUCUCCUGCCAGACUGCUCUCCCAGGCUCCCUCUUGCCAAGACGGGCUGGACUCACAUGGCAGUGGUGGCCUCUUCUGGACCCUGGUCAUCCCCAAAAGGUGGACAGUGGAGAGAAGGGGAUGAAGAUCCCCACAGAGAGACCAAUCUAAUGAGAAGGGGGAGCCAACAAGAAUAAACUGAAGGCCCCUUGAAUUUAUAUAUAUAUAUAUAUAUAUAAAUAUCUAUUCCCCACCCCUGGCCCGCUCUGUCCUUGCUGUAACUGUUUCUAUCUCUGUGUUUAUAAAACGCAUUAUCCUGGCGAAUUUUUAUUUUCAAUCUUUGUUUGUUUUUCCCUUUCUCUUUGUCUUCAAUUCUCCUUCCUCUUUUUUUUUUUUUUAAUUGGUCCACAUGACUGCUAGUCUUGUGUGUUACUUGUUAGUUUCUUUGGAUCAUGGAGGCUGACUUGGAAGAGAAUGAGAAGGCAAGGGAAAAAGCAUGUGUUGUUGGGUUUUAAAAUCAGUCACCCACCCAAAGCCUAUAGAAUCCCAGACUUCUGUAUGAACAACCAAUAGGGGCUUCUAUUUUAUUUUUUUUAACCACCCUGUAUAGAAAUAAAUUGGUGUAAAAGGCUCCUUGAAGGUGCUGCUGCGAGCACCCUGCCCCUGUGAUGUGUGUUCCUUCCCCCUGCACCCAAGCCCUGCAGGAGCCUCUGGCUGCCCUGAGUCGCAAGGGGCUGUGCAGGCAGGCGCGAGGGCAGCACAUCCCUGCCUUUGACACUUUGCGGUUUGCACAAGGAAAGUGAGGAGCUCUGUACCUGGGGAGCCUGUGGCAGAAACAUUUUUCUCUGCGUUUACUCACCAAGGUUGGCUGCAAACGGGUGGAAUGUUUCGUAGGUGCAUAGGUUAGGCUAGAAGGCGCUGUCUGGUUUGACUCCUGCAUUUCACAGGUGACAUUUCAGUCCAUUUAGGCUUUAUUGAGCCCCAAGAACUAAUGUAUAUUUGAACUGUGUUGACAAAAUGCAUUGGCUUGAUUUUGAGGCACUGGGACAUAAAAUCCAUUGGUAGCCUGCUGCAAGGGCUUCAGAUUUUCACUGCUUAAAUAUUUAGGCAAGAUUUCUCCUUGCUUUGGCUUCUGGUUACUUGUUCUGGAAACAUUCAUCCCUCUGAUACAGAGAGCCUGAGUGGGACUUUUUCCCCCUAGACUUGUAUUGAAACACUCUAAUGUUCCAUCUCAAUCCACUUUUUUACAAGGUAAACAGAACUCAGUAAAUUUUCCACUCUAAGGGAUUUCUUCCAAACCAUGAAUUAUUUUCUUUCUACAUCUUGUCAAAUUUUACAGUAUCUUAUAAAUUAAACACGUUUCUUUUGGAACUGAGUGUUGAAGCCCCAGUGCCAUGGAUGAGGUCCCCCUGGCCCUUUGCCUUAAGUCUGCAGAGGACUGCAUUUUCCCUCUUCCCAUAGCAUUAUACAGGAACUCACAGUGGCUGCGUGUCUGGUCAUCCAAAGUCUUGGCUUUCCACAAUAGUGUUUUCCCUUCUCUACAGGUACACUCUGCAUUCUUGUUUCCUGGAUGCUUCACGUGGGGCUGUGUCCAAGUCCAGCCUGUGCAAAUGGACCUGGCCGAUUGAUGGACUAGGUUACUGACAGCUUUCAUAGUUCUGUCACCCACAAACUGUAUCAGUUGUUAUUUUUACUUUCAGAUCCAGGUUGAAAUGCAUUAUUGCAUCUGACCUAGGCUAACGUGGAAAGCAUUGAGUGCAACUUCUCAUUAGCUUCUUUUUGAGACUUGCAGGCUGGGCAUUUCUUAAUCCUCUUAGUAUUUGAUUAUGUACGGUUUAUCUUUCUGACUUAUGGUGCUAGGUCAAUGCCUUAUAAAAAUUUAAGUAUGUUGCACCUAUGCAGUCCCCUUUGUUAAACCAAAUGUAUAAUGCUGUCAUGUAAGAAUGAAAUUAGGAUUUGGGGUUUUUUUUCUUUUUUUUUUUUUUUUUACUGCAGAAUCUGUAUUUCAUAAAACCUUUGUGAUAUAGGUUUUAUUUUUUCAUUCACUAAUUCUUUAUUUCUACAGUUUUUCCAUAAUUUUGUUAUUGAGUUGUUUCCUUUGCCUUUUGGGAGUACUGUCAUGAGUGUCUUAAGAUAUUUCUCUAAUAUCCCAUGUUUAAUUAACAUCAGAAUCAUUGGGCUAAAGAGCUGGUUACUGAACUCUUUCAGGAUUCAUGUUUCUUGGCUGAUUUCAAAAUAUACAUCCGUAGUAGGUAUUGUCUCAUUUCCUACUUUGAUACUAUGGUACUAGAUAGAAGUUGCUGUUUUCAUAUGACUGCUACAUUCUGUUCCUUUCUUUAGAUGGAAUUGGAAAUAUUUGUUGACUGACUUCUCCUGUUCUGUGUCACUAGCAUUUUCACCAUUUUUGUCUAGCAUGGAUCAGUGCUAUUAGCAAGGUUUCUUUGUUUAUUUUGUGAUUGAAAGGAAUUAAAGACCAAAAUAUUCCUUUCUUUUUAGUUUAGCUAGUCACAAAGCUUUUCUUAAGAGUGUUCUCUAUUUUUAUAGUGUCUAAUUUAUGUUGGUUGCUGUCUGGCCUUCACCUUUUCCAUCUGUUACAUUUCUCCUUACAGGAGAGUUUAAUUGAUAUUCCUCUGCCUUCUUUCCUUUUUUCCCAUGGGCAAUGCGGUUUAUAGUUUGCUCCCCUUGGAAGUUACCAGACUCAGCACAGGUUGAUUACUACUUUUUGCUCUCCUCUCCAUGUCCGUGUUCCACAUGGACAGAACAAAACGGCCAGCUUCAUGCAGUAGUUCUCUCAUCUUGAAUGCAUCAUCUCGAAGACUGAAAAAUUAUUUGCUUUGGGUGCAGUGUCUUGAAUUAAGCUGGGAAGGUUUUAAAAGUCAGAAUAAUACUUUGCUGACUGGUUGCAUUCCCUGGGGAAUGGCUCACAAAUUAAAAUUCUUUGCAAUGAUUUUUCAUUUUAUAUGUUGAAGGUGCUUGAAAUUACCUUUCCUGGUCCCUGGUUUGAGGUGUUGUUUUCUGAUGUCUGUUACCCUUCCCCGUCUUGGAAUCUCCUACCUAGCAUGGGCAUCCAUGUGUAUUUAAAGCUGUACAAUUCCUGUUACCAGUCAUUUCAAAGGUGUUACUGUUUGUGCAGAAGAAAUUAAUUAUUUCUUACUAAGGUACUUUCCUACUGAGCUUCAGAAAUGCCACUCUAUUCCAGGCCUCCUUUUCUUCCUUGUCAGUGAGAAUUUCUCUGUUUACCCAGUACUGUUGCUGAUGUGGAUAAUUGAAGAUACCUUACCCUCAUUAUCUUUGUCACUUAUUUGAGUUUGGAUUAGGUCUUCCUCUUUGGAUUCCCAAGGUUGUUUAACAUAUUCAAAGUGCUCCAGAUGGUUGAAAAAGUACAAGUAGCUACCUGCGAGACUCAAAAUGUUAACAACUUGUACAAAAUUCUUCUCUCCUUAGAUUAAGUCUGAGGUUCUGCUGUCUGCAGCUUUGUGCACUCAAGCCAACAACAGUUCAGUUAUUUACCACCCACAUACAAGAUUGGAAUAUUCCUUAACAAAUUCCCAUGGUCCUUUUACUUCAACUUCACAAAUUCUUUGACCCUGCAUUUUCAUUGUGAUGCACAUCCAUUUGUUUCUAUGUUUGUACCCAAGAAGACUUGACAAUGACUAUGGAGUUCUGUAUUAGGUUGCAUCUUGUAUAUUUGCUUGAAAGGCAAUAGCACUUUUUCUUGUCCUUUUCCAAGCUGAUUUUCUGUUCCUAAUUGGAUUUUACAAAUCAUCAUUGCUUUAAAAGGAAACAUCAUGUAGGUUGGAAAUCAUUUAGAAAAGUCACCCACAAACAGUAACAAAAUCUCAGCCAUGACUAAUGAUAGUAUUGCUGGUCUAUAAUUCAGUUAAAUCUUCAAGGAAGAUUUAAGACUUCUAUAAUUUAAAGCCUUGUGGUUAAUCAACCAUGUCCCUUAUUACAGUUAUUUUGUUAGUUAUCACUGCCAUUGAAACUGCCACUCUCUAUUACUUUUUUCUUUUUAAAUUUUUUUUUUAAAUCCAUAGGGUCUUGCUAUGCCUUUGUUGAGUACAUUAAAAUCUUCUGCUAUAAGAAGUCUUUCUUCUGGCGUAAUGAGUUAUGGACCGUGAUCAAUUCACUGUAUUCAUCUUUCCAAACAGCUGAAUUAAAUUGAGCUGGUUUAGAUGUCUCACAAUAAGGCUUAGCUCCAUCAUGUAGUUCUUAUCUGUUGCCUUUCUUUUCCCUUUCCGUGACCCAGCUGUGUAGUGUUCAGUUAAAGUCUUGCUACGUUAGGCCUAGAUGCCUAUCUUGAGCCACCAAACUUAGACAGCCAUACAAGGAUAUCCAGUUCUUUUAAUUAGGUUGUUUUCUUCAAAUUAAAACAAACAGCAAUAUGUUUCCUUAGCUGAGUGCAACCCCUGUCAAUGCCACUGUGAUUUUGCCACAUCAGUGUUAGGUUAACUGCCUUACAGCAACCUGGAUGAGCCCACUUGCUUUGCAAAUACUUUAAGUAAAAGUAUUUGCUGGUCUUCUGGAACACAUUCAGAACUUCAAAAUUGUUUGGAAAAGAAAGCCCAUUGCUUCCAUCUGCUUGCCAGAUAAUUCUUUUCAAAUUACUGAUUGUCAGUUUCUAACUAUGCAACUUUUAGGAUGUUUUAUUUAAUGGGUAGAAUGAACAUCUUCCUAAAUCUCAUUGGCAAUAGGUAAUAUUUCAUUACCUCAUGGAUGUGUCUACAUCAUCCAACUUUCUUCCUAAUAUAGAAUAUAAUUAUGAGAUUCUGUCUGUCUUCUAUAUUUUUAUUGAUUACUUUAUCAUCUUUAUAUCAACUAAAGGAUAUAUAUCAUGUUUAGGAUUUUCUUCUAAUAUUUUGCAGGUAAUGUACCUGAAAGCUGCCCAAGUUUACUAGUGCAGUUUCAGACAUAGAAUGAAAUUGCUCUGUACACUUCUUUAACUACAAGAUAGGUACCUGUUCAGUCCUCUUUUCAGGUACAACAGAUUAAAUUUGUGUGCAUGGUUUCUUGUUUCUGUAUAGUAGAACACCAGAGUACUAGAGAGAUGUAGUAACUUGGUCCAACAAACAUUUCGAUUUCA